AUGUCUACAGUAUCUAUGUCGGUAGGCCCUGAGGUCAUUCAGGAUACUGAAAAGCUCGCUUCGAGUGAUACGUCGCAGGAAUCACAGGAAAAGCGGAAUAUCACCGGCCUGAGGUGGUUUAUUUUUCUGUUCAGCACCCUGACAGCAAUCUUUGUUUACUCUUUGGACAAUACAAUUGUUGCCAACAUUGCUCCGACAAUUGUCAACGAUUUUAAUGCCGUCGAGGAUUUGCCAUGGCUAUCAGUGGGAUUCAUGAUUGGAGGAAUGGCAAUGGUACUUCCGCUUGGGAAAAUAUACUCAAUAUUUGAUGCCAAAUGGGUGUUUAUUGUGUCCACUGUUAUAUUUAUGGCAGCAUCCGCGCUGUGUGGUGGUGCGCCAACGAUGGACGCCGAAAUCAUUGGCCGGGUCUUUGCUGGGGCGGGUGGAAAUGGCAUGUAUUUCGGCCUACUUGCUCUGAUUUCUAUGAAUACCACCAGCAAAGAGCGCCCAAAAUAUCUAAGCUUGAGUGGCUUGGUUUGGGGUCUAGGCACUGUGCUGGGCCCUGUCAUCGGCGGUGCUUUUGAGCUGUAUACAUGGCGCUGGGCCUUCUACAUCAACCUUCUCUUUGGUGCCAUCUUACUUCCAGCCUAUGUUUUUGUCAUUCCGUCCAACGACCCACUACCCGGGACCUCGCGAUGGCAGAAAGUAGCCACCUUCGACUGGGUGGGCACCAUACUCAGUGUUGGUUCAUUCACUACUUUUGUCAUGGCCAUCAAUUUUGGUGGAACCCUUUAUCCAUGGGAUAGUGGGCAGACUAUUGCGCUGUUUGUUGUCUCCGGUGUUCUGUGGAUCAUAUUCGGUCUACAACAGGGGUUCAAUAUCGCCACCACGGUCGAGAGACGCAUUUUACCCAUCCACCUUUUUACCCAGAAGGAACCCAUCCUGCUGUUUAUCUGUUGUGCAGCAGUGGGUACCGUGUCCUAUGUCAGUGUCUAUUAUAUCCCUAUAUAUUUCCAGUUCACCCAAGGAGACAACGCGAUCAAAUCUGCCGUCCGUCUACUCCCGUUCAUCUUCCUGCUCAUCGCUACUAUCCCAACUAGCGGAGCUAUGAUGUCUCAUUUUGGCUACUACAAGCCCUGGUAUCUCGGCGGCAGCGUAAUCGCACUCAUCCCGGCUGUGCUAAUGUCCACCAUCGUCAACGUCGACACCUCAUCAGGCGUAAUAUAUGGUUUACAAGUUGUGCUAGGUCUUGGUGCUGGCGCCUACACCCAGGCAGCUUUUGCAGUCAUCCAAGCUGUUGUAGAACCCGCAGAAGCACCUAAUGGGCUGACUCUCAUGUUACUAGGUUCGUCCUCGUACUCAUCUGCCAGAUCUCCAGCUGACAUAGAUUUUGCAGCCCAGCUAAGCGGUAUGACGAUGGGCUUGUCUAUUAGCGGCGCAGUAUUCGUCAAUAUUGCGUCGGAUGGCCUGUUCGCCCUACUUCCUGAUUACCCCCAGUCUCAGGUCAGACAAAUUGUCUCUGGGACUAGCAGCAAGCUACUCUCGUCACUCUCCGAGACGCUGCGUGAACAGGCGCUUGUUAUAAUCGUGUCUGCUUGGCAUAAUAUUUUCAUCUGCGUUUAUGUAGCUGCUAUUGCAAGCUUGAUAUGCUCUAUUUUUAUGUCGCAUCAACGAUGUAAUGUGUCAGCAGCUGCAGGGGGUGCGUGA